GCCGCCGCCGGUGGCUAAGAUGGCGACUCCCAUGCACCGCCUUAUCGCUCGGAGGCAAGCAUGUCUGGUCUGAAAUAUUUCUACGUAUUCCAUAGGGAGGCAAACAAGCAACACGUAAGAUGUCAGAAGUGUUUAGAAUUUGGACACUGGACUUAUGAAUGUACAGGGAAAAGAAAAUAUCUGCACAGACCAUCCAGAACAACAGAAUUUAAAAAAGCACUUAAAGAGAAGGAGAAUCAACUAUUGCAGCAAAGCUCUGGAGAAUCUACUACAGAGAGGAAGACCAAGAAAAAAAGGUCUAAAAGUGUGACAAGUUCUAGCAGUAGCAGCAGUGUCAGUUCAGCAAGUGAGUCUUCAUCUGAGAGUGAAGAUUCCUCAUCUUCUUCUUCUGAAGACAGUGACAGUGAUGAAAGCAGUUCCAGUUCCUCUUCCUCCCCCUCUUCAAGUAGUUCUUCCAGUUCUUCUGACUUUGACACGGAUUCUAGUUCCUCCAGUGGCAGUAGCAGCAGCAGCACAGACAGCAGCACAGAUGAUGAGCCACCAAAGAAAAGAAAGAAGAAAAACAACUUGGUGCGGUGUUAGGACUGUGGGGUUGACUAGCAUAAUGGCCAAACAAAAUUUAACAUGCCAAUUUUUACAAGUGAAAAAACUGUCUGUGUUUUACAUGGUAGUUCAUAGGACAUAAGCUGUUAAAUGGCAAGUAACACUUAUUGAAAGAGUAUUUUUGUGGAUUAUUGUUUAAUAGGAAGCGCUCCUUUUCCCCUUAGUUUUUAAAGAAAUCUAUAAAAUGUUUAUAUGAUCUAAGAUCCAGUCACCCUAAUGUUUACAUGCCAUAAAGCAAAACACAUAGUUUGAACCACCGUGUGAUAUGUCAUAUAGCAACCUUCUGUUUAUACCACCGUCAUGUUAUAAGCAAGAUGGACAGAGAAAAGUAUGAAGUUUCGUUUCAGUUGGCUAGUGUGUCCAAAGCCAUAUUUAAUCUUCAGUAACAGAUAAAAAUGAAAUGAUAUUGCCUUAAAUACAAAACAGAACUGAUUUUCUCAUAUAUCACUUUCUAGUCCAACAUUAGUGGCAAUAUUGAUUUUCUCUUACUGUUGAUUUGUUGGAAAUCACUAUCCUGUUUAUGGGCAAUACAUUCACACCAAUCCAGCAGAUUUGUUUAUGGAAACAGGUUUCUCUGCAUAUAUUAUCCUCAUGGAUUUGGGCUUGAUUACGCAAAAAAGCUGUGCAGAGAUUCUAGCAUAGUACUGGGGCAGCACAUGCGUUACUGCGCUUACGGAUCUCUCCAAAGAAGAUGGUCCAUUGUCCUGGUUCUGCAAGUUUUAGUCACUACUUGGGCUCAAAGGAAAGUGAUUCCAGGAGCCUGUCUAUCUAUCUAUCAGUAGCCAGACAGCACUGCCCAAUACAAUUUGUGUCUGCUAUCUGUUUAGCACUGGAGAACCUUGCAUACAGCUACAUCUGUGGCUCUCCCCACUAUGUACCAGAAUCCCUGGAGCAGGGCCAGAAGCUUUUUUUAGCAAGUCCUUUUGGGAGAUUAAAGACCAUACCUUAAGCUGCACUUGCACUGCGCAUGGAGAGUCGUAUUAACUUUGCAACUGAAGAGUUUCAUCUUUGUGCCUUUUCAUAAAAUUAAAUAUGCCCUAAAGAGUGUUAUAAAAUGAGGGAGGUUGAAGUCUUCAUUUUAUCUUCCACACACUAAUUUCGGAGCUUAAAAAUAGUAAUAAUAUAUAAAUGUCCUAUUUUCAAUGAGAAAAGCAUUUUAUUUUCAUUGGCGGUGGAUUAAAAGAAAAGAGAAAGUAUCUUUGAAUAUUUCCCCGUGUGCUAUUUUUACAUAAUAAUUGUUAACUAUAAGAUGCAUUUGAUUACUCUGUUCAUAUAGUAACUUCCAUUGUACUCUAAUUUAAAAUCACUUAUAUAGAACAAUUAUUCUUUUUGCAUAGCACAAGUUAUAUAUAAUAGAAUGAACUCUGGAAUGGAGGAUACAUAUUAGCAAAAAUCAUAUUGCAGUACUGUACAUUUCUUGCUAGUUAACAGAAGUGAACUAACUUGCUAUUGUGAUGAAUUUUAGCAAUUGGCAGUAGUCACUUAAUUUGUGAUACAGUCUCCUUUUAGUUUCUUAUUGAUGGGAGUGUUUUUAAGAGGAAACCUGUUGGGAGGAAACUUAAAUAUCCUAGUCUAGUUAAAGUAUUAAUUAAUUAUUGAACUAUUUUUUAUAUUUUUAUGAAAAUGUAGUGUGUAGAAUGACUUUUGAAUACAAAUGUUCUAUUUAAAUGUUUAUGUAAGGUGUGCAUUUUAGUCUGUAACCAUUUCUAUGUUUUGCAGAAUUCAGAUACUGUAAUUCUAAAACUACCAGAACAUUAUUUGAGUCAUGCUAAAGAAUGUAUCACUUAAGAAGAAAGAUUAAUAAAUUAUUAAAUGCAAA